GUUCCGUGUUCGCACUGCACUUGUCAAAUACGAGCCGAUCGAAGGUCAUGCGAGUCCAGUCGAGACACCGCAACUUUGCUCCAGCAUAUCUGUACAGAGCUGAUUGCCAAUUGUCAGUAGAAACGAAACAGUCGGUCCUAUCUUCUUUUCAACAAUCCUCUCAAGUUCUAUCCAUAACAACCGUCUUGUGCACCUUCGACCAAUCUUGGUUACCUUUUUGAAUCCAUAGCAAGCCUAUCCCACCUGGUUUCUCACUCGAGAAUAACAAACAAAAUGUCUGCUGUCCAAACUAUCCACGCUCCUGCCAUCACGGGAUUGUCGGGUCAAAUACUCAGCCCACCUCUCAGCCCACCCAAGACUUUCGGUGAUCUCGUAUUAGACCUGAAAGAUGGUCUUGGACCUUCCUCGGGCUUGACUUCUGAUGAUGUCGAUGUCAACUACCUGAAGUGGCUGAUGGAAGAAUACAAGGCCGACGAGUGUGGCUGGCAAAAAUUUGCGAUGGGAGAUAAUACCAGAGGCUACACUCGUAACCUCGUCGAUGAAGGCAAUGGGAAGAGCAACUUGCUCGUUCUUGUCUGGAGUCCUGGCAAAGGAAGCCCGAUCCACGACCACGGCAAUGCUCAUUGCCUGAUGAAGAUCCUCCGGGGCGAAUUAACCGAGACCCGAUACGACUUCCCGAAACCCAAUAUCGAGCAGCCGAUGAAGGUCAUAUCCGAAAAGACAUAUAAAGAGAACGCGGUGGCGUACAUGGCAGACGAGCUUGGCGUCCACCGUGUCUGGAAUAAGGGUAGCGACUUCGCUGUGUCCUUGCACCUGUACACGCCACCCAACGUCGCCAAAGGCGGCUGCAACAUCUUCACCGAGUCCACGGGCAAGAGUAGCCAUAUCAAGAAAUGCCCAAACUUUUCCGAGUAUGGUAAACGCCUUGAGUAGGUAUCUGGGUUGGAGUGAAUGACCAAAAGCAUUCGGGUCGGUGUCGCGAGCCUGGACUUGGGGUUGGUGGAAUGGAACAGGCCCUGAAGGCUGGGUGUAGGAAAUGACCGUCAUGAAAUUGGUGUAUAGUUGUAUAUAGGGUAGAUGUAUGCUGCCUGGUGAAAGAGAGUCCUGAUACCCAGAGCGUGUAUUUCGGAAGGGCCAUCGGGCUUCGACACAACCAUAGGUAGCGCAAAUCGGUUUUGAUCAAAGAAAUUCGUCGUCUCUGAAUAUCUUACUGACACUGAAAAGAUGAAG